UCCUCGCUGAUGGCCCAGGAGGCGAGAGCCUCGGGGGGAGGCGUGCACUCCGGGGGCCCCACUGCCACGCUCCAGGAACUGGGUGCCAGAAGCACAACCCAUUCAACAGGUUUUACCAGCGGCGGGAUCGCCGGUGGAUCCCAGGCUGCCCACAUGAUGUCCCAUGAGGCCAGAAGCCACGGAGGUGGAACUCCCAGGGGUGGUACAACUUCCACUGUCCAGUCCAUCUCAAUGGGUGGAAAAGGAGGAAGACGCUGA